CCGCCUCCUACAACUUCCUUCUGAGCUCCGAGAAGAAAUCUGGUAUUUCAGCCUUCCCCGCAGUCUUCCCUGCGAUCUCUACGACGAUGAGCAGUUUAACGACGAUAAAUACUUCCACCCCACCUUCUACAAGGCGGCCCGCUCCUUCAGACUUCCACUAUAGGAAUCCAGCAAUCUAGCCCUCCUCCGUGUAAACCGCCAAAUCUACAACGAAGCCAUGCCCCUCUUCUGGAAAAGAAACAGCUUCACCCUCUUCGUCAAGGGCAGAGACAGCCGCCUCGCCAUUGGAUUUAUCCCGCCCCCUCUGCCUCGGACACAGCCCAAUGGCAAGCCAGUCCAGCAUCUACGCCUCUUCUCGAGUCUGGACACGGAGUACACCAAGCUGAUUAGGCACUGGUCGCUGUCAUUUGACACAGGCUACAGCGGCAACACGGAACAGACUGUCACUCAAGAGAAAGCCGUAUGGGACAAAGCGAAGCGUGUCAUGCCACUGCGGAUCACGGAGCAUCCACUAGCAUCGCAGUAUCUCCAGCAUCGAUUCAUCACUAAGAUCGCGACGUGCGAGACGGAUGCGCAAUCGAAGCUUUCGUACAAACAGUCUGCGUUUGCGCAUCUUUGCGGGCUUCUGGAUACUCUGAAGUUUGCGCCGACGUUCAGGUAUCUGGAUCUUGGGGUUGGGGAGAAUCCAGGGCCGGAUCUGACGAAGAAGAGUUUCCCGGCCGAGCGGUGUCAACAUGUGUAUAUGUAUAAGAGUGUCGAGUAUAAGGCUGGCGAGGAGCUUCUCAAGUUGCUACCGCAGUUACUGCAGGCUAGGACGCCACCGAUUCCUGGGAGUAGGGAAGACAGGGCUUGGGAUUGGUUGCAGCUGGAGGGGAGUACCUAGGUACAGAAACGGGGAGAACAGUUCUUAAAGAAAUUUGAGAAUUCUAAAAGGGGACUAGUACUGGUACCCCCCUUCUUAGUAGCUGUGCACCCCCCUUCUCGGUACAAACACACCCCCUAACCCUUGUCGUUUUACCGCCUUGCUA